GAUUAGAGAGGGUAAGAGGAGGGAGGCGGGGGAGGGAUGGGGAAUAAUGUUCUGGAAUAUAGCGGGAUUGAGUAAUAAAGAUGAGGAGUUCUGGAGGGGUUUAAAGGAAUGGGAGGUAAUAAUACUAAUGGAAACCUGGGUAGAGAAGAAAGAUUGGAAAAAGGUGAAAAAUAGGCUACCGCCGGGGUUUGUAUGGGGAGCACAAUGGGCAAUCAGAACGAAUAAGAAAGGUAGGGCGGCAGGUGGGAUGCUGAUGGGAGUAAGAAAAGAAAUCAAGGUUACAGGAACGGAGAUAGAAACAGGAAAAGAAGGGUUCAUAGUAGGUGCGGUACAAAAGAAUGGAUUAAUUUGGAAGAUAGUGGGUGUGUACGUGGGGGAGGGGAUAGAGAAGACACUAGAGGGGUUAGAGGAAUGGACAGGAAAGGGGGAAGAAGGGGGGAUAACUAUCAUAGGUGGGGACUUUAACGCUAGAACGGGAAGAGAGGGUAGUAGAGUAGAGGGAGGGGAGGAGAGAGAGAAAGAAGAAAGUAUAAGAAACUCCAAGGAUAGUGUCAUAAAUAAAGAAGGUAAAAGAUUAGUAGAAUUCUUGGAGGAUAAAGGGAUGAGCAUACUGAAUGGAGAUACGAAGGGAGACGAAGAGGGAGAGUAUACUUUCACUGGAGGUAGAGGAAACACGGUAAUAGAUUACGUGAUAGGAGGGGAAGAUUUGAGAGGGAAAGUGGAAAGUUUAAGAAUAGGAGAUAAGAUAGACUCGGAUCACCACCCGCUCGAGAUACAGGUAAAAGGGGAACAGUUGAAUAGGAAGGAGGGAGGUUGGAGCAAGAGAAACAGAGGGGUAUGGAAUGAGGAGG